AUGGCUGUUUCCAGUGGAGGUCGGAUGCAGAGGAUUCCCAGCACAGUCAAUGUGGUUAAUAUCUGUCAUGUUCAUUGUCUCAUCAGUUCUGCUCAGAGUCUGGAGAACAAACUGGGAGCCCUGCAGUGCCAUUUCACCUGGAACCUUGAUCCUGGAAGUUGCAGACUUACUGUUAUACAGAGUAUUGUGGAGGACAUCGGCACAGAGGAGGGAAACGUCUGGCUCGGUCACAUCUACAACCUGCAGGGAUUCAUCCAGUACAAGCUGGGCUCCUCUGAAGAGGCCCUGAUCUUCUUUAGCCAAGCCACUGAGACCUUCAAACGUCUUAAAAACUCUGAUGAAGGUCCCUGGUUGAUGGUGAACUUUGGGAAUCUGGCUUGGCUGCACCAUCUUAUGGGUAAAGAUGAGAAAACUCAGGAUUACCUGUCAAAGAUUGAAGCUCUAAUGAGAAAAUACCCAGCUCCAACUAAAGAAGAGCUCCACCCAGAGGUCUGUGCUGAGAAGGCCUGGACCCUGAUGAGGUUUGACAAAGAGAAGGCUGCCGAGCUCUUCCAGAGAGCCAUAGAAAUGCAGCCAGAAAACGUGGAAUGGCAGAGCAGCUGGGCCAUAUUAUCAACACAUACGUUCAAACUUUACAUGAAAGACAGGACUCCCAAUGUCUUGGAAAAAGUUAGAUCUGCCACAGAAGGAGAUCCAGACAACUUAUAUGUUGCUGCUCUUUAUCUGGAGGCACGAGCUGCAAAAGGAGAACAAAUUCAGAAUGAAGCUCAAGCAUUGGCUGAAAGGGUACUAAAGAGGUCUCCAAGCAGUUACAAUGGAAUGAGACCAUUACUGCGUCUUUACAGGAAUUAUAUAUCUAAAGAUGCAGAACUUGAAUUAGCUGAAGAGGCCCUAAGGAGACAUCCUGACUCACGUUAUUUAAAGAGAAUUGUUUCCUCCUGUUUGACUAAAAGGAUUCUUUCUCCAGACUACAAUCCUCCAGUCAGAGAAAUCAAUAGAGCAAUCAAACUUCAGAGGGAAGUGAUUGAUUCUUAUGGUGAAUCUAAUCCUAGAGAUCAACUAAAUUUAGCAAAGUUAUUAGCAAAGGCAGGAAAGCCGGAAGCUAAUAAGAUUUAUAAAGAGCUACUGGAUAGAAAAGACCUCGAUUUAGCAGAAAAACAGAUGCUUUACAAUUCUUAUGCAAAAUAUUCAUUCUUCAAUAAGAAGGAUAGUCGUGGGUCUUUAAAGUACCACAUGAUGGCAGCAGAGAUCCCAAUAGAAUCCAAGUAUCGAGAGACAAGCGUCACAGAGCUAAAGAAGACCUUGGACAGAAUCAAAGACCGUGAAAUUUGUGAACGGAUCAAAAAGCUUCUGACUGGCCUGUAAAAUCAGCCUGAAACACAGAAUCAGUGAAUUCUAGAAAAGCAAUCUGAGAGCGCAGACCUCUGCAAGCAGCACAUUUUGAACCAAAUUGUGACUUACACAUACAGCUAAAACUUGAAUAGGAUCUGGAUCAUUGGCAAUUUUUAAUGAUUUGUUCCAUAAAAUAUGUUCUCAAGCUUGCAAUUGAUCCUGCUAAUAAACAAAGUUUUUUUUCUCAAUAAAAUGCCUCUGGACAUUUCGAUUCCAAUGCUGAGGCUGUCAAUAGUCACUGCUGCCACUCUCUGGUUUAGUGGGGAACUACUGUUCCACCAAAAACCCCACAAUGUUGGAGAAUCUUAAAUAAAAAAAUCCUGUAUCCAGAUUAUGAUGUGGAUCAUCACCAACCUUUGAUAGAUUGUUACUUUGCAUGAGGGACACCUCUGAUAAAGACUCAUUUCAAAUCCGUCUAUAACUCUUCAAAUAAUCCUGACACACAAAGACACACAAACUCUCCUUAAAAGAUAACUUCCUUGGCAGAGGUUAUUAAGGAAAUCACAACCUACAGGUAGAUCUGCAGCCAGAUGUAGUUCUGCAGUGUUCAUACUCAGGCCUUUUGAAU